CACCACCACACUCCACAGCAUCAUAUCAUAUCACAACUCGCCUCUGUUGUGUUUCCUUAAAAACUCCGAGAAUUAUAUAUAUUCUCCGCCCACAAUAUAUAAUAACCAAAUCUGUUUCAUCUUCAUUUUCAAACAGAGCCAUGGCCGCCCAAGAUAAUUCUACUUCUUCCACCAACACCACUGUUUGCCAUGAUGGAAUGGGAAAUUCUUCUGAUCUGUCCCCACUGCAAAAGCAUGUAGCGUUCUUCGAUAUCAACAAGGAUGGCAUCAUUUAUCCCUGGGAAACUUAUCAAGGUUUUCGAAAAAUUGGAUGUGGAGUUCCUCUCUCAGUUUUUGCAUCCUUGUUUAUAAAUCUUGGUCUUAGUAAGAAAAGCCGACCGGGAAAGUGGCCAUCCCCUCUCCUCCCUAUUGAGGUGACAAACAUCAAACUCGCCAAACAUACUAGUGAUUCCGGUGUCUAUGACUCCCAUGGAAGGUUUGUUGAAUCAAAAUUUGAGGAGAUAUUCAAGAAACAUGCAAGAUCAAAUGCUAAUGGCUUAACAUCAGAGGAAUUGGAUGAAAUGCUCAAGGCUAAUAGGGAGCCAAAGGACUAUGGUGGAUGGGUUGCGGCAAUGUCGGAGUGGAAGAUACUAUACCUCGUAGGCAAAGACAAGAAUGGGAUUUUGGCCAAAGAAACUAUAAGAGGAGUUUAUGAUGGAAGCUUGUUCGAAAGAAUGGCAAGGGAGCAUGCAUCUAAGAAGAAACCCUAAUUUUUUUAAUCCUUGAUUUUAUUUUAUUUUAUUACUGGAAGAUAUAUAAAUUUAAUGAAAUGAACUUUAAGGGUUGUUUGUGUGAAUACUGCAUAUAUAGUAAUUUCUAAUAUUUUAUUGAUUUUUAUUUCUAAGUGGUAAAAAUUCCCCAGCUUAGAAAUGGAAUUUAUGAAUGUAUAUAGUGUGUAUUCUACUUUUGCAAUGUACAAUGUAAAUAAAAACAAUUGCAUUUGGUUGAUUGACGUGUAAUAAAAACGGCCUAUAUGUUCAUAUA